CUAUCUGAGAUCUCGGACCGAUUUCUAGUAUUGUGAACAUUAGGCUUAAGAAAUAUACAAAUAUCUUACAAUGUCAUCCCUUCCACCAUUCUCUUGACUUCCCAAGUCAACAUAUAGUCGACCUUUUGUUGACUUUGUGUUGUUGGGAUCUCACUUUUGCUCGUAUUUACCACGUUUGGUAUGUGAUUCGAACAUCACUCGAUAUUAUAAGAUUCCUACGUAUCACUAUAAUUUAGAGUGCAACAUGACAGGCAUGAAAAAGAUUGUACCUUUUUACCAUUCGUUGAACGGUAAUACGGAGGAGGACAAGAUACUUUUAGACCCAGUCGAAUACAGUCUGCAAUGUAAUGAUACACAUAUAUAUAGAAUAAUACCGUUUCUUUUCAACUAUUGGUUUAAAGUAUCACCCGAUAAAUUUCAAUUGAUUGAUGAAAUAGCGCAAAUGGCUUUUAAUAUAAUGGUCGUAUUCGAUGAUAUUCAAGAUGAGGCCAUUGUUCGAAAUGGUUUUCCCGUAACCCAUUCUGUUUAUGGACUUCACAACUCAAUAAACGCUGCAAAUUAUUUACAACUUAUUACUUGUGAAAAACUUAUUAAUUUACAUCCCAUGGCAGUUAAAAUUUUCGUUGAACAGUUGAUGGAAUUUUACAAAGGUCAAGGAAUGGAUAUAUAUUGGAAGGAAAAUUUCAUCUGUCCAACAGAAAAAGAUUACAAUAUUGUAGCAGUAAAAAAGAGUGGUUGGUUAGCCAUACUGGUGGUAAAAUUAAUGAAGCUAUUUUCUACUUAUGAAGAAGAUGUCUUGUCGCUGGCAAGUACUCUAGGAUUGUAUCGCCAGAUAUAUGACGAUUACAGCAAUUUACGUUACGAUAAGGAUAUUAACGAGAACAGUUAUUGCGAUGAUUUGACCGAAGGAAAAAUGAGUUUCCUAAUUAUUCAUGCACUUAGAAACAAUCCUGACGAUAAGAAAAUAAUAAAUAUUUUAAGACAACGAUCGAAAAACAUUGAAGUAAAACGUUACUGCGUUAAAGUAUUAGAGAGUUACGGCUCAUUUAAGUACGCAAAAGAAGUACUUGAUGAAUUGGAAAAAAAGAUAAGAACUGAAAUUGAUCGUUUAGGUGGCAAUCCGAUCUUUGUGAAACUUAUGGACGACGUAAAGAAUAACAUGUUGAAAACACGUAUCUAAAGAUUCUUUAAUCAAAAUGAUAAAUUAUGUAUUUUGUUAUUUUUACGUCAGACGUAACAUUGCAUAAUUUAUCCAUAUCGUUGCAUAAAAUAAUCUCUUAUUAAUAGUUAUAAGCAGCAAAAUGUAACAGAAAUUAAUAUCUGUAUAUGAAU